CCCGCGCGGUGGCCGGCGCGCGGAGAGCUGGCGGGCGGCGGACGCGCCGGGAGGCCGAAACUUUCUCUGCCCGCCUGGUCCAGCUAGCCAGAGCCGCGAGUUGUGGCGGCGCCGCGGGACCCGCUCGUCCGGCAGCUCUGCUAAGACAACCGGGAACACACUGCGAAACACACUGAAAAAAAAUUCUCAAGUCAGUCCGAGGCUCAAGGGGGCAGGUCUACAGCUCUCCCAGGUUCUGUGAGAAUUCUGCUAUGACCGCAGCUUCUUCUUGGUACCAGGACUGCCCCUUACUGCUGCAGCCACACCAGAUCCCUGCUCUGCCCUGUCUGUCUUUAGCCCCAAGUCAGCAUGGGUAGUGUCAGUAGCCUCAUUUCUGGCCACAGCUUCCAUGGCAAGCACUGCCGGGCUUCACGGUACAAGCUGGGCAAGUCCUCCCAUCUCAAGAAACUCAAUCGAUAUUCAGAUGGGCUUCUGAGAUUUGGCUUCUCCCAGGACUCAGGCCAUGGCAAGUCCAGCUCCAAAAUGGGAAAGAGUGAAGACUUCUUCUACAUCAAGGUCAGCCAGAAAGCCCGGGGCUCCCACCACCCAGAUUACACUGCACUGUCUAGUGGGGACAUAGGCGGCCAGGCUGGGGUGGACUUUGGCCCGUCCACCCCACCCAAGCUUAUGCCCUUCUCCAGUCAGCUAGAAAUGGGGUCAGAGAAAGGUGCAGUGAGGCCCACAGCAUUCAAGCCUGUGCUGCCACGGUCAGGAGCCAUCCUCCACUCAUCCCCUGAGAGUGCCAGCCACCAGCUGCACCCUGCCCCUCCAGACAAGCCCAAGGAACAGGAUCCAAAGCCCAGCCUGUGCUCUGGGGCACUGUCUGACUCUGGCCGGAACUCCAUGUCUAGCCUGCCCACACACAGCACCAGCAGCAGCUACCAGUUGGAUCCACUGGUUACACCAGUGGGGCCCACCAGCCGUUUUGGGGGCUCAGCCCACAAUAUCACCCAGGGCAUCAUCCUCCAGGACAGCAACAUGAUGAGUCUGAAGGCUCUGUCUUUCUCCGAUGGGGGCAGCAAGCUGGCCCACCCAAGCAAGGCAGACAAGGCUUCCUCAUGCAUCCGCUCCCCCAUCUCCACAGAUGAGUGCAGCAUCCAGGAGCUUGAGCAGAAGCUGCUGGAGAGGGAGGGAGCACUCCAGAAGCUGCAGCGUAGCCUUGAGGAGAAGGAGCUGGCCUCCAGUCAGGCUUAUGAAGAGCGGCAGUGGCGCUGCAAGGAGGAGCUGGAUGGCCUGGAGCAGAAGUGCAGUGGCAAGUUGAAGCAAGCCUCACAGAAGAGCCAGCGCACACAGCAGGUGCUGCACCUCCAGGUGCUCCAGCUCCAGCAGGAGAAGAGGCAGCUCCGGCAGGAGCUUGAGAGCCUCAUGAAGGAACAGGACCUGCUGGAGACCAAGCUCAAGUCCUAUGAGAAGGAGAAGACCAGCUUUGCCCCUGCACUGGAAGAGACUCAGUGGGAGGUGUGCCAGAAGUCGGGUGAAAUCUCUCUUCUGAAGCAGCAGCUGAAGGAGUCCCAGACAGAAAUCAACACCAAGGCUAGUGAGAUCCUUAGUCUGAAGGCACAGCUGAAGGACACACGGGGCAAACUGGAGGGCAUGGAGCUGAAGACUCAGGAUUUAGAGAGUGCUCUGCGCACCAAGGGCCUGGAGCUAGAGGUCUGUGAGAAUGAGCUUCAGCGCAAGAAAAAUGAGUCCGAGCUUCUCCGAGAGAAGGUGAACCUGCUGGAGCAGGAGCUGCUGGAGCUGCGGGCCCAGGCUGCCUUGCAGUGGGAAGCUGUGUCUCUGGGGCCAGGGCUAGGGCCAGGGCCUGGGACUACCUUCUCUGAGGACAUCCCCGCCCUGCAGCGGGAGUUGGAGCGGCUGCGUGCAGAGCUCAAGGAGGAGCGGCAAGGCCAUGACCAGAUGUCCUCAGGCUUCCAGCAUGAGCGGUUGGUGUGGAAGGAGGAGAAGGAGAAGGUGAUCCAGUACCAGAAGCAGCUACAGCAGAGCUACCUGGCCAUGUACCAGCGGAAUCAGCGCCUGGAGAAGGCCCUGAAGCAGCUGGCCCAUGGGGACGGUGCAGGGGAGGCCUUUGAAAUUGACCUUGAAGGGGCCGACAUCCCCUACGAGGAUAUCAUAGCCACUGAGAUCUGAGGGGCCUCCUGGGAGAGGGAGAGCCUGGGACCUGACAUUGGGAAGCAGGGGUACAGAGCCUGUAAAGGAGGGCUUCUCUCCCCACUACCCUGCUCAAUAACUCAUGUCUCUGAGAGAAGCCUUCCUCAAGGCACAGACCUGGGACCCAACAGGGGAGGAGAGAGAAGGAGAAGGACUGCUACAUGACUUUUCCAACCCUUGCCCACAUUCCAGCAUAUACCAUCCCUCCAGCCCACCAGACCUCUAGCUUUCCCAACAGAUGCAUCCAGGGAUCUCCAUCAUUUGGUUAAUAGAUCCCUAAACCUUGCCCUUUGUUUAAAAAUAUUUAGACCCUCUCCCAGGGAUGAUGGUGACUGCCAUAUUGGCCAAUGGCCACCCCAUGACAGAAACUCCCUUCUGUGUGUUCCCACAACUGCCUUUUUGCCCCUGAACACAUUGGGAUGCCUUGGGAAUAGAAAGAAGCCAUCUGUGACCAUAA